AGUACUGCGACAGAUAUACCAAGUGUUUCAUUACCUGAAAUUAGAAAACAAUCGAUCUUACCUGAGCGCAUGGAUGUUUCUGAUGACGAGACAAAUCUGGAGGUAUUGGAAACUGACCCAACUAGUGUCAUUGGGUGCUCGGCCACAGACACUGUUUCGCUCGUUGAAAGAUCACCAAAAGCUCCUUCUAUCGAAGGCGAUGUUCCCACUGCCCAAGAGCAGUGCCGAUCGGAGCUACCGGAUGAUGGCAGUUCGAUGGAAAAUUCGUAUGGCGACGUGUCGAGUUCCGGAUGCGUAAAAUAUUCCUCCACUAAACACAGCUUAGGCCAUCGACAGGGUGAAUUUCAGCGUGGGCAGUCGAUGAACGAGUUUGAUCUUAAACUGCAAGAAAUUAACGAAACCAUGUCGCCGAUGACGCACAAAGAUCGGGUCGAACAGUGGCGCGUUACGGAGGACGACCUUCUCCACUCGAUUCCAACGAAGGCGCAAAUCGAAGCUGGUAGUUUGUGUCCGAAGCGUCCAUUCUGCGAAAUGGUGCACAUCUCCAGCGAUGAAGAUUCGAAUGAUCAGGAGGCGGAGCCGGGUUCCAGAGAAAGUUUGUUGGCAAACAAAAAACGACGCUCUGCUUCAAAAAGUUUCCCGGACACAUCGCGUUCGCCGGGCGUCGGCAACGACUUGGAUUUUCGUAAAGAUCAAAUUAACCCGGAAAUUGAUAAACGACCAACUGCCCCACCAACCAUGAUCUUAGAAAGAAAAAAUUACUACAAAUUACCGAUUCGUUUUCGUCCUUGCGAUGGGUGCUAUCUCGCAACAAAGGAUAAGUUUAAGAUCUGUCAAACAUCGAGCUCUUGUGAUUGUCGUCGUUGGCAGUCGCUCCAGGUUGGACAGAUUGUUCCGGAAAAUCGCAGCACGGACAAAGCCUAUGCUCAGUUGCUUAGUAGAGAUAAGGAGCGUGAUAACUUCCUUAACUACUUGCGAAUCAGUCCGUUCCAUCGGGCGUCCCAACAGCACACUGCCGGUAGCAGGACAAAUCCACCAGAGCAGAUGGCAACUGGGGUAGGCAUUAGUGUCCAUCAAACUGAAACUAACUCUGCUAAAACUUCGGCCGGAGUGGUAAAGAACAAAGUAAAGCUCUCAGUUCAGCGCGUUAUUCACAGGAAAACGCGCUCAAAGCCUAAGAAAAAAUCAUCUACCAAAAGCAAGCCACAUUCUUCCAUUAUUGCCAGCAGCGGUAUUCUUGGCGUUAGGCGGCUUGUACUACGUAGUUCACUGCGAAGCGGUAAGAUUAUACGUUAUCGCAGUACGUUUGUUAGUUUGCGCCAAAACUCACGAGCGAAACCACCCAAGCAUCAUCCGAGCAAAGUGGAAGAAGUUUUAACUAUCCCUAUUGACAUGACCGUUGAAAAAACGGUUCAAUCAAAAGAGGAAACCACUACCGAUCCUUCCGCAUCGCAACCUCCACUCCAGCCUCAGGAUGAAGGGAAGCGUCUGCAGCACUCAUUGCCACCAUCUUCGUCGCCGGUGAUUCGAAAGUCGAAACGUUCUCAUCAGUCCACCGUCAAAUCACUGCGUUGUUCUGUCGAUAGUGCCGUUAGCAGUUCGACCAGUGCCGACAUUCAUGAGAGUAAACGAUCGAAAGAGUGCCAGACGAUAGAGAUACUACCAUCGGUGACACCAGAGCCUGCACGAUGUAUGAACGACGGAAAACCAACACGAAACCCAUUGAAUCGUUCCGAGGGCGAGGUUCUGAACGCGUUCCUUCUCGACGAACAGCUCAUCGUAGUGCAGACGGGACUCGUGAGUUUCUGGAAAUACUCCCGACUAAGUGUAUUACUGGGAGUGAAACAAGAGUGGCAGCGCAUAGCACAACAGCAGCGAUGGGUGUGUGACGCCGAGCUCGACACACAGAACGCCAACCGUAUCGGUUACAACGAUGGCAAUCCACAUUACCUGGAACCGAGGGCACGAAAUUUAAAGCAUGAUGAAUCGCGAGCCUGUCCGCUGGCUUCGGUCUACGUUAAUGCGUAUUUUCUCGAGGUGCUCCUAAAGUCUCCGGAUCAACGAAGCGAUGCGGCAGAGGAUCAUGGACAAACUGCUAUCGACGUUAGUGAUUUGGACGAAAGUGGUGUUUACGAGCAAAUAAUACGAUUGAAAUCCUAUCAGCUGGACACUAUAAAAAGUGCCCUCGAAGAUAUACUUUUCGUGCCACUGCCAAACUCGCGCUACUUCAUCGUCUGCUGGUACGAACACAUCUCCGAACUUGAAGCGCGGACGGGGCUGUGCAAAUACAGCUUGACACCCGAUCUUGAGACACUUGCCAGCAUUCGUGAAUUUCCGAUUGUAAGGCAGAAACUGACUAGUUUGAGGUGUGUGAAUGAUAAAAAGUUACUUGGGCUUGGUGAAUCGACAGUACACAUAUGGUGCUACGAAAGCGGGUCUUUGUUGCGUACGAUCGAUUUAAAGAUUAGCCUCGAACUUGUCAUCGGCAGUUUUUUACACGAAGAAGAGAUGAUAAGUACACUGUUUCUGGUGCAACUGCAGAACAUGCCGACUACCAGCGAAAACAAUCGGAAACGCCUCAAAAUGAUCGCAAUUAAUUUACAUACAGCCACAUGGUAUGUUGGGCAUAGCUUCGACAUUGCUCUUGCUUCAACGCGAGUAACAGGAGAAAGCCAAGUUCAAAGUUGCACUGCAGUUGAUGACCGCAAAACCAGUCAGCGGUACUGCGUGACUUUUCAGAGCGGGGAACUGCUACUCAUCAACCUGAGCGAUCCGACUGUGUGCUGGACGAAUCAUAAGAAGCUGGAGAAGGAUAUUCUGCACGCGGAGGAGAACUCCUUUCACGUCUGUUCGCGCUUACGCAGCAAAACGGGUGAAAUUUAUCGGCCGAAAGAACGGAUACUGAAUGUGUACAACUGGCACGAUGGGCGCGAUCUUUUGCUAUACAGUGAUCAAUGUUUAUCCAUUAAAUCGAUUGACGAGUACAUGUUGGAGUGCAAAUGAUCGAAGAAAGUGGAGGAGAAUGGGGAAUGUAAAAAUAUUAGUAUUUUGCUUACGUUUGCGUAUCGUUCAGAGGUUUAUUAAUCAUAAUUUCAAUUAAUUGUGAGAUUCUUUUCACAAUUUUACAAGAGAGCUUGUAGAACAAAUCGUGCGAUCAUAAAUGACUCUUGUAUGUUCUCCUCGAUUUGAUAAACGAUAAUACGAACGUGCUGUUAGAGAUAAUAUUUAUUUGUGUUACAUUUUUUCCUUUAGGCGAAAAGUGAGGUGAAUACAAAAUGAAUUCAGUUCAAAAAUGUAAAGAGUAUA